UACAAGCCGAAAGCAAGUAGCCAGAUAAUUGAAGAGGAGUAAAAACAUCAAUUUGUCAUUAACAGACAGGAAAACAUGGGUAGCAAUGAUCUGCUUGUUUCGGAGGAGCAAUCGCUACUUAAGAGCGUUGAACAAAUGUCCAAGGAAGGUGAUGAACCACCAUCAGCAUAUCAUGUAGUUGAAGGAUUAAAUGGCUUUGGAUCUAAUAAAGAUUCUUCAACACAAACUCCAAUACCAAUCAUUGAUGUAAGCCUCCUCUCUUCAGAAGAUGAGCUACAGAAGCUAAGAUCUGCUCUGAGUUCAGCAGGAUUGUUUCAGGCAAUUGGCCAUGGAAUGUCAGUUUCAUAUCUUGACAAAAUGCGUGAAGUUGUAAAACAAUUUUUUGCACUUCCAGUCGAGGAAAAGAACAAGUGUGCCCGGGCAGUUAAUGAUCAUGAAGGGUAUGGAUGUGACACCAUAGUUUCAGAGAAGCAGGUCCUUGACUGGUCCUAUCGCAUGUAUCUUCAAGUGUUCCCAGAAGAAAUACGGAAGCUUUCUGUUUGGCCACAAAAUCCUCCUGAAUUUGGUGAGGUGUUAGUCGAGUAUGCUAAAAAAGUGAAAUCCAUUGUGGAUGAUCUACUGAGAAGCAUGGCAAGGUCCUUGGAUCUGGAAGAAGGUAGCUUUUUGGACCAGUUUGGAGAAAAAUCUACACUGGCAACAAGGAUAAACUUCUACCCACCUUGUUCAAGACCUGAUUUGGUUCUCGGUUGCAAACCUCACACAGAUGGAUCAGGAAUCACAGUUCUGUUGCAAGACAAAGAAGUGGAAGGUCUUCAAGUUCAGAUAGAUGACAAAUGGGUCAAUGUCCCCACAAUACCUGAUGCUCUUUUUAUCAAUAUUGGUGACCAAAUGCAGAUCAUAAGCAAUGGAGUAUUCAAGAGCCCAAUGCACAGGGUUGUGACAAACACAGAGAAAUUGAGGAUGUCUUUGGUGGUGUUUAAUGUGCCAGAUGCAGAGAAUGAAAUUGGACCUGUUGAAGGGCUAAUAAAUGAGACACGGCCAAGGUUGUACAGGAACAUCAAAGAUUAUCUCAUGAUCAACUACAGCUGCUAUCAAGAGGGAAAAAUACCACUUGAGACAAUCAAAGUUGCACAUAACUCUGCUUAAUUAGAAGUGAGACGAUUGAUCGCCUUUCCCAUAAAAAUAAAGAUAUAAAUGUUUUAAUGGAUAGAGAGACAAUGACAUUAUGAUUUUUGUUUCAGUGCUUCAGAUGCUGUGAAACAUUGACUAGUUAAAUGUUUCAAUUUCGAAUAAGAGUUCAUUACCUUGUUUGUUCUUGA